CCGCGAGAAAGGGGCGUGAACGAGCGCCAGAGCGGUCAUUCUCCGAUGUGCAAACCCAAAUAAACAAGAAUCACAAUUUCUCGGGACAGUUUUGUUCACAUUUGGCAUUCCGUGACAAUUUUAACUUUUUUUAUAAAAUACUGGGAUUUGUGGAGCGGAGAAUGGCAGCUGAAGUGAAUGGCAGUUCUGCUCCAGUUAAGGAGGAAGACGAACCAAUGGACAUAACAGUAACACACACAGAGAACUACCAGACACUCAUAGACGCAGGCCUUCCACAGAAAGUGGCGGAGAGCCUGGAUAAGAUAUUUCAGACUGGACUGGUGGCUUACGCUGACCUGGACGAGAGAGCCAUCGACGCCCUGAGGGAGUUCAAUGAGGAGGGAGCCCUGUCAGUGUUACAGCAGUUCAGGGAGAGUGACCUGUCACAUGUGCAGAACAAAAGUGCAUUUCUCUGUGGUGUGAUGAAGACAUACCGACAGCGAGAAAAGCAAGGAAGUAAAGUUCAAGAAUCCACAAAGGGUCCUGAUGAGACUAAGAUAAAGGCUCUUCUGGAAAGAACAGGUUACACUUUGGACGUCACCACAGGACAGAGGAAGUAUGGGGGGCCUCCACCUGACGAGGUGUACUCAGGGGCCCAGCCUGGAAUCGGAACAGAGGUAUUUGUUGGCAAGAUCCCCAGAGACUUGUAUGAGGAUGAGCUGGUGCCUCUGUUUGAGAAAGCCGGGCCCAUUUGGGACCUGCGUCUAAUGAUGGAUCCCCUCCUUUCGGGUCAGAACAGAGGAUAUGCCUUCAUCACCUUCUGCAAUAAAGAUGCUGCCCUAGAGGCCGUCAAGCUUUGUGAUAAUUAUGAAAUCCGGUCGGGCAAAUACCUGGGUGUCUGCAUCUCUGUCGCAAACAAUCGGCUGUUUGUUGGGUCAAUUCCAAAGAACAAGACAAGAGAAAGCAUAUUGGAAGAUUUCAGCAAAGUCACAGAGGGCCUCGUGGAGGUGAUACUCUACCACCAGCCAGAUGAUAAAAAGAAGAACCGUGGCUUCUGCUUCUUAGAAUACGAGGACCACAAAACUGCGGCCCAGGCCCGUCGCCGCCUCAUGAGUGGCAAGGUGAAGGUGUGGGGGAACCCUGUUACUGUUGAGUGGGCAGAUCCAGUAGACGAACCGGACCCAGAGAUUAUGGCAAAGGUAAAGGUGCUGUUUGUGAGGAACCUGGCCACACCGGUCACAGAGGAGCUCCUAGAGAAAACGUUCUCCCAGUUUGGGAAGUUGGAGCGGGUCAAGAAGCUGAAAGACUAUGCCUUUGUUCACUUUGAGGACAGAGAUGCUGCCGUGAAGGCAAUGCAACAAAUGAAUGGCAAAGAAUUGGAAGGCGAGGAGAUAGAGAUUGUUCUGGCAAAGCCUCCGGACAGGAAGAGGAAAGAGCGGCAGGCCCAGAGACAGCCAACUAGGACCACAGGAUAUGAUGAUUACUACUAUUAUCCUGCUCCACGCAUGCCGCCUCCCAUGCGAGGCAGGGGCCGAGGUGGGAGAGGUGGCUAUGCCUACCCUCCAGACUACUACGGUUACGAGGACUACUACGAUGAUUACUACGGGGGUGGUUACGACUACCAUGACUACCGAGGUGGCUACGACGACCCUUACUACGGGGGAUACGAUGACGUCUACGUGCCGAGAGGAAGGGGGGGCAGGGUGAGUCGAGGUGCCCCCCCUCCCCCUAGAGGCCGAGGAGCACCACCCCCUCGUGGCAGAGGUGGCUACGUCCAAAGGGGGGCUCCUAUGGGUGUACCGAGGGGAAGCCGUGGGAGCCGGGGAGGUCCGCCCCAGCAGAGGGGCCGCGGCAUCAGAGGGGCCAGGGGAAACCGCGGGGACAACUUGGGCGGGAAGAGGAAGGCUGACGGUUACAACCAACCGGACUCCAAGCGCCGGCAGACCAACAACCAGAACUGGGGCUCCCAACCCAUUGCCCAGCAACCCCUGCAACAAGGUGGCGACUACUCUGGUGAAGACGCGAGAACGGCAGCGGGUUGAGUGAGUGAGGAACACAUCUAUUCUCUGCUGUGUUCUUCCCCAAAGAAGGGAUGCGUGUCCGAGGUGGCCCCGACCCAGUCUUGUCACGAUGUGGACUUGCUAGGUGGGGCUCCCAGACAGAGGCAGCUGUAAGGACUACGGGGUAAGUUUAGGAUGUUUUCUUCCCAAACCAUUGUUCUCUUUUACUGUCUUUCUCUCCCUCUGAUUCAGGUCUCACCAAAUCCCUGUGGGGAUUAAGAUGCGGAAAGAAAACGUCAGUGUCUGGGUGAGUUUAGGUAGAGAGAAAAGUACUGUAUCCCUCAAUACACAGUUAGAGAAGUUAACUUUGGAGUUGGAAGAAAUGUUGAGUUACUUGGAGAAAGAAUACAGUAUACGAUUCAGAAUACCAAAAAUAGUAAAUCUGUUCAUUAUCAAAAGCCUUAGUUUACAGAAACUUACUCUAAACACUACUUUUAUCAAAUGUAAUGUGUCGUAAGGAUUAGCAAAAAUAGCUGCCUGUGGCAAUUACCUUUUAGAGGUGAAAACAAGAGCUCUGUCUCUAGUCUAAAGUUCUACAGACCACAUUAUAAAUGCUUUGGGGUCGAGCUUGAAGCUGUUAGAGCUUACUCCAAUUGCAUAUCAGCUCCCAGUGUUGGAGUUUUUUCUCCCUGGAAUUAUAUUUAUUGCUCUAUGAUUCUCUGGAAUACAAUUCGUUGCUCUAUGAUUCUCUGGAAUACAAUUCGUUGCUCUAUGAUUCUCUGGAAUACAAUUUGUUGCUCUAUGAUUCUCUGGAAUUCAAUUCGUUGCUCUAUGAUUCUCUGGAAUUCAAUUUGUUGCUCUAUGAAUCUCUGGAAUUCAAUUCGUUGCUCUAUGAUUCUCUGGAAUUAAAUUUGUUGCUCUAUGAAUCUCUGGAAUUCAAUUCGUUGCUCUAUGAUUCUCUGGAAUUCAAUUCGUUGCUCUAUGAUUCUCUGGAAUUCAAUUAGUUGCUCUAUGAAUCUCUGGAAUUCGAUUCGUUGCUCUAUGAUUCUCUGGAAUUCAAUUUGUUGCUCUAUGAUUCUCUGGAAUUCAAUUUGUUGCUCUAUGUUUUGUAAAACAAAUCACGUCAAUGCCCAGUAGCUAAUUUAAUAUUUAUUAAUAUAACUUCACUUUUCCUCUUAUGGAGUUGAGAGAAAAAAAUCUGAAUUUUGCUGUCAUAGCAAAUUCAUAGCUCCAUUUAUAUCAUAGUAGCUAUAGACACUAAAAUGUUCAAAAGACCACCCAGUGGGCAAAACUUGGUUGAAAAGACGUCUUCUUCUGUUCACAAACUGGUUGAAAUGGACGUUGUUUUUUGUACAACUUUUUACCGACCAGAAUAUGAUUUUUUUUAAUGACCACCAUACGAGCAGUUGCCGAUAAUUAUUACCAUAAUUGUUAACUCUGACCACUAUAUUAUGUGGUCAUAGUUAAGACCUCAUCAUAACCUGAUAAUGCCCACCUGUGCAAAAAAGUAUUGCAGAGGAUAAAGUUGGAAAUUGAAUACAUUGUUUGUUCCCUUUCUAUUUGUUUCCAUAGGCACCAAUGAAAGUUGAAAUCUGCAACAUAUUCUUAACUAGGCAAGUCAGUUAAGAACAAAUUCUUAUUUACAAUGACGGCCUACAGUGGGUUAACUACUUUGUUCAGUGGCAGAAAGACAGAGUUUUACCUUGUAACCUCGGGGAUUUGGUCCAGCAACCUUUUGGCUACUGGCUCAAUUCUCUAACCACUAGGUUACCUGCCUCCUCUACACUCUAACCACUAGGCUACCUGCCUCCUCUACACUCUAACCACUAGGCUACCUGCCGCCCCCAUCAGAUCAAGCAAUGGCAAAAACAAAUCUACAUCACAAUAUUCUGCACAUCUGCAAACUGUAAUUGUUUCAAGAUUCACCCACAGACAUUACAUGCAUGGAAAGACUGGGACACAGAGUAUAUAAAGGCCCAUUGCUUUUUGUAUUAAUGAUGAAUGUUAUGAUGGGGUAGAUCCUAGUGCGUAGUGGCCUUCUUCAAGAGUGGUGCAAUGAGUCAGAUCUGCUGUGAAGAGAAUCAGCUUCAUCACGGCAGUCAGGGGUGUAUUUUAGGACUUUCCAGAGGGCCCACAACAAAUCAACCUCCUGAGUUUUCUGGCUUUUCAUGACACUUACUGUAAGCAUAAAAAGAGAAGAAAAUAAAUUACCUAUUGGCAUAAUGUAGACAUGCAAGACACCACAGAACAGUAACGCACAGUAAAAUGCUGUAUAUUUAACAGUCAGAAUCUACAAUGUUAAAUGACUCAACUGCUCACAUUUAACUUAGCAACUACACUAGUGUGCACACGAGUGGUAGCAAAGUCAUUUUCUCCUCUGUCCACAUUGAAGAUCAGAAUACAGUAGAAAAAAGGCUUCAAAAGGGGUUCUUUGGCUGUCUCCAUUGGAUAACCCUUUUUGUUUCAAGGUAAGGGUUCUACCUAGAACCAAAAGGGUUCUACCUGGAACCAAAAAGGGAUUCUUUAAAGGGUUCUACUGUAGGGUCUACCGAAGAACCAUUUUACGUUCUUUUUUUCUUAGCGUGUAUCAUAGUCGAUGGCUAUAGAUUUAAGGAGGGGUGGAUCUCUCUCCUUUCCUUGGGAUGUGGCAGAAUAGGUCCCUGGUAACUGAGUGGGUGGCUAAGCACUGCAGUAGAGGCCAGGCAUAAGGUCAUUGACAUGUUUCAGGAACUGUAAAGACAUAGAUGAACCAUUAACCAUGAUUAUCCAUUAGAUAAUCAUGGUUAAUGGUCAAAUGGCACUACUCCUGAAAAAGGUCAUCAGGCUGCGACGUUCACAUUACAUUAUGCCCACGUUGGAGGAUGUUCUUUACAAGCUCCCGAAGGCCAGAGUCUUCACGCUCUUGGACGCCAGAGAUGCCUUCCUGCAGUGCAAGCUCAACGAGCCCAGCAGCUACAUGACUACCUUUUGGACACCCUGGGGCUGGAAGAGGUGGUUGAAGCUUCCGUUUGGGGUCUCCGUGGCUCCAGAGGUAUAUCAGCGGAAACAGCACGAGCUGUUGGUGGAACCCAUGGCAGAUGAUAUCCUCGUAGUGAGCUAUGAGGACAGUGAUGAGGAGGCAGAAUAUGACCAUUACGCCAAGCUGCUGGCCCUGAUGGACAGAUGCAGACAGGUCAAGCUAAGGCUAAGCAUAAAAAAGCUUCAGUUUAAAGUGCCAGAGGUCCGCUUUCAUGGGCACAUCUUGUCCUCCACCGGAUUGAAGGUGGAUCCUGAGAAAGUGAAGGCUGUCUUGGAAAUGCCCCAAAUUCAUCAACGUGCCACACACCACUUUGCAAUGAGCUGGAGGCAGUAUGCAUUUUGAAAACAUACACUUAAUUGUUUGAAACCUGAAGGUUUUACUACAUAUUAUGAGGCAAGCAGGAGGGCCAGCCUGUGGCAUUCGCCCCUAGGGCACUCACUCCAACAGAGCAAAACUAUGCCCAGAUAGAGAAGGAGUGCCUCAGCAUUGUGUUUGCAUGCCAACGCUUCCACCACUACCUGUACGGGAGCGACAACAUUACCACGGAGACAGAUCACAAGCCCCUUAUUGCUAUAUUCAGCAAGCCUCUCCUGAAUGCCCUGAAAUGACUGCAGAGCAUGCUACUGGCCCUACAAAACUACCACCUCAAGCAGAGACAACAGCAGAGACAACGAUCAAACGCUGCAAGGCUCAGUUUGCCAGUUAUAGUCAUCCAGAUAGGGUCAUUUCAGAUAAUGGACCCCAAUUCUCUGAAUUUGAGUUCUGAAAAUUUGCUGCAGAAUGGGAAUUCGAGCACGUCACCUCAUCACCACGACACCCAAAAGCUAAUGGGAAGGCGGAGUCGGCAGUCAAAAUCGCAAAGAACCUCUGCAAAAAACCUCUGCGAGAGGGCAAAGAUGCCUGGAUAGCAAUCCUGCAGUGGCGCAAUACCCCGACAGAAGGCAUGGAUAGCAGCCCGGCCCAGCGCCUCAUGACACAGCGCUUAAAAGCAGAUCUGCCAGCACUCUCUUGGAGCCAUGUGUGGUGACAGAUGUGCUGUUGAAGCUACUUCACAGAAGACAGGUAUCCAAGUUCAUCUAUAACAAAUCAGCAAAAGACUUACCUGAACUCAGGGUGGGUGAAACAGGGACCGGAUGGGCCUCUGGAGACUCAGAUCCUGUGUACAGAAAGUGGCACCAUACUCCUACUUGGUCAAAGUGAAUGGAUCACUGAACCAUCGUAACAGGGUUGACCUUCGGAUUGCUGAGCCUACACCUACUCAGAACCCUGAUGGUCAUAGGGGUCGCAUGACAAAAGACGGAACCCCAGCAAGUCACAUGGGGCCUGAGGUACUGGGCGAAGAGCCAGGUGAUCACAGGUCAGCCGCUCCCUCGCCCAUCAAUGCUCCCCUUAGACAGUCAGGUGACACGCCUGUGCGGGAACCCACAGUCCUCGCAGACAAGCCCCCUGUCUUUUCACGCUGUGGACGUCUGUCCCAGCCAUCAAAAAGACUUAAUCUGUAUUCUGUUCAUGUUGGAAAUUAUUACUAGGUUUGUUUUGUUAAGGAAUUGACAGCUCCUGUCCUAUUUUAUAAAUGGGAAGAUGGUAUGGGUGUAAAAUGGCACGGUGAUGCCAUCUGUUGGUAAAUGUUAAUUACUUCAACUCCAGUGUUUUUACCGGUGUACUUGAGAUAUCCGGAUCUAUUGCAAUGUACUGAACAAGACUGGUUACUUGCAUCAAUGCGGAGACCAGAGUAAUACGAUUCUACCGGAAUCGGGAUGCUCGGCCCGCAUGAAGCUCCUUGAGUCCGAGUCCAUCCCUAGUCCCCUGAGUGUCAAACGGAAUAUCCUCGAGCCCAGUGUGUUGACUGGGUACACUAUGCCAUGAGACCCUAACCCAAUUUGGUGCACUCUGCCAGCUAUUGUUUGCCAACUGUGUUAAGCCGAGUCAUGCAAAACCUGCUGAAAAAUAAGAUUUGAAUAAUUGUAAAGGUUCUAGUGUCUUAUAUCCAAUGGGUGCAUGGCAGAGUUUCCUUUAAGAAAAUGUGGCACUGGACAUUUGACCGGCAGCAUUUUAAUUUACCGGACCUAGAUGCAUUGGGUGCGUAACCUGAUCAGGGCAUCCACCCACGGUUCUCCGAAAUCACAUUUCAAUUAUGGUAAUUAAUAUCAACAAAACAUGCAACAGAACAGAACAAGAAAGGUUUACCUAUUUUAUUGGUCAGUUUGUUGAGAAAGAAAUAGCCAAUUCCAAACAGACUAGGACAGUUGUGAGACGAUAGAUCCCAAAUUCAUACAACCAGUAGUAGGCCUAAGCAAAAAAUAAAUAAGAAAACGUUAAAAAGCAAUGAGUCUGAUUUAGCUUAAAAUGUUGAUGAACUAUUAUUUCUUCACAUUAUAAGCACAGCAAUGCGCACAAGGCAGUAGGCUAAGCACGAAUGUUCAUUCCAUAAUGCAAUUGAAUGGAAAACAACAUUGUCAAAGUGCACCACACAUGCGAAUGGUUUCAUGUGACAGGGAUGAAAAUAUCUGUUAAAAAUUUAGAAAGCGGGGAGAUCUAAUAUGCAACAACUAUCAUGGGUUGACAAUAUGAUUAGAUUGUGCCUUUGACCACCAGACAAUUAAAUAAAGUUGAUAUAAAAUAAUUGCCUUCACAGAUAUGGUCAGAUUUUGGCUAGGCCACUUAGAAGCAAGGUAAGACAUGCCUCAUAAUAUGUAGUAAAACCUUCAGGUUCCAAACAAUUAAGUGUAUGUUUUCAUAAUGCAUACUGCCUCCAGCUCAUUGCAAAGUGGUGUGUGACACGUUGAUGAAGUCGGCCUUCAGUGUGCAUUUGCUGUUUGAGAUGCUGAAGCAGCAGCUCUCCCGCUGUCUUGACAGAUUUUCCGUUCGAAGGCUCUGUAUCUGUAUGCUUUACUCAUGUGAUAAAUAAGAUACAUAACGAAUAUACUCUACACACACGCCAAUUUAAUUAGCAAAAAAUAUGCUAAUUAACUUAUAGACUGAUAAGCAUAACCUGUCAAAUGCAUUUCCAUCGACUGGUAUUCCCAUCAAUGAAUUGGCUAAAAAGCAUUAUUUUGCAAUGGAAUUUUUUUUCUUCUGGACAAUUGGUCGGUGCCAAUUGUAUUUAUCGGCUUUUUCAUUUUUUAUCGGCCAAAAACCGUCUAUUACCGGCUAAAGGAAGCCCUGGUGCAUGGCCCACAAACACUAUACACAUGUUUAUAUAGAUUGGUGUCUAUAAAUUGUGUAGCAUUUAGGUAACUGGUCAGUAAUUCCAUCAGAUUUGAACCAUAAACCAGACGUCAACCAAAAUAUAAAAAAAUACCUUAAAUACCUAAUAAGACAUCCUGACCAGAUUUCAACCAGAAAAAUAUAUACUACCGUUCAAAAGUUUGUUGUCAUUUAGAAAUGUCCUUGUUAUUGAAAGAAAAUCACUUUUUUUUGUCCAUUAAAAUAACAUCAAGUUGAUCAGAAAUACAGUGUAGACAUUGUUAAUGUUGUAAAUGACUAUUGUAGCUGGAAACGGCAGAUUUUUUUAAUGGAAUAUCUACAUAGGCGUACAGAGGCCCAUUAUCAGCAACCAUCACUCCUGUGUUCCAAUGAUACCUUGUGUUAGCUAAUCCAAGCUUAUAAUUUUAAAAGGCUAAUUGUGUUAUGCAGGUGAGUGAGGACCCAAAAGCGGUUUAACAGAAACAGAGUCUUUUAAUGUCCAAACACAGGGAAGACAUAAAUCCUCUUCAGAUGUAUCGGUUGACAAAAUAGACAACCCGCAGAGAGGGCGACAAAUAAAUCAUAAAGUCCUCUGAUCGUUACAGGAGAGUCCCCUUCUAGCAGCAGAGGAGAAUAGCAGGGUUAGCGGCAACAGACUGCUGGUCUCUCCGGGUAGGCGCGGGUUGUAGAGGACAGAGGUACCUGAUCACACGUAGCAUCUGAUGAAGAGGCAGAUUACGACAGGACGGGACAAGGGUGAAGCAAACGAGAAUCUGACAAAGACAGAAGCAGAAACAGAGAGAGAAAUAGAGACCUAAUCAGAGGGAAAAAAGGGAACAGGUGGGAGAGAGUAAACGAGGUAGUUAGAGGAGAUGAGGAACAGCUGGGGGAAGGAAAGGGAGAGAAGGUAACCUAAUACGACCAGCAGGGGGAAACGAAGUGAAGAGAAAGAACAGGAACAAGACAUAACAUGACAAUACAUGACAAAUUGAUCAUUAGAAAACCCUUUUGCAAUUAUGUUAGCACAGCUGAAAACCAUUGUCCUGAUUAAAGAAGCAUUAAAACUGGCAUUCUUUAGACUAGUUCAGUAUCUGGAGCAUCAGCAUUUGUGGGUUCGAUUACAGGCUCAAAAUGGCCAGAAACAAAGCACUUUCUUCUGAAACUCGUCAGUCUAUUCUUGUUCUGAGAAAUGAAGGCUAUUCCAUGUGAGAAAUUGCCAAGAAACUGAAGAUCUCGCACAGCGCUGUGUACUACUCCCUUCACAGAACAGGGCAAACUGGCCCUAACCAGAAUAGAAAGAGGAGUGGGAGGCCCCGGUGCACAACUGAGCAAGAGGACAAGUACAUUAGAGUGUGUAGUUAGAGAAACAGACGCCUCACAAGUCCUCAACUGGCAGCUUCAUUAAAUAGUACCCACAAAACACCAUUCUCAAUUUCAACAGUGAAGAGGCGAUUACGAGAUGCUGGCCUUCUAGGCAUAGUUGCAAAGAAAAAGCCAUAUCUCAGACUGGACAAUAAAAAUAAAAGAUUAAGAUGGCCAAAAUAACACAGACACUGGACAGAGGAACUCUGCCUAGAAGGCCAGCAUUCUGGAGUCGCCUCUUCACUGUUGACGUUGAGACUGGUGUUUUGCGGAUACUAUUUAAUGAAGCUGCCAUUUGAGGACUUGUGAGGCAUCUGUUUCCAGCUACAAUAAUCAUUUACAACAUUAACAAUGUCUACACUGUAUUUCUGAUCAAUUUGAUGUUAUUUUAAUUGACAAUUCUUUAAAUGUUCUUUCAAAACAAGGACAUUUCUAAGUGACCCCAAACUUUUGAACGGUGGUAUAUCUUUAUCAGGCCUUAGGCCCACUGCGUAAAUUUGUUUUUGCCACGUUUAUACUAUUACAGUCACCUUAAUGCUCUUAAAUUAUAUUUUGUGAGCUAAACAUAUAUAUAUAUAUAUAUAUCACUGGCCAACACAUAGCAUCAACAAUCUAGGGUUUAUAUACAUCAUUGGUUACAACUCCCCUAAACCUGGGCAAGAUCCAGACUCAAAUAUGCAACAAAAAUAAUAUUUUGAUGAAGGCAAAUAGCGUAUUCAUUAGUCUACUACUUUGUUUCAUGUUUAACAGAAGCCUGCCCAUCAUAUCAAGUUUAAGCUCACAAAUCAAACACAGAGGAUGUAAUAGUUAAAAAGGAAAGAAUUUGAGCUUUCUAAUGCUGAACUGUAUGUCUCAAAUACCAAUAUUAAGUCAAUUACACCCUGUUAAAAGGGAGUAAACGGUGAAUAGUUGUAGGCCUAUUGAUGAGAAAGUCACACCUGUUUCGGUAGCACGAGUCGUGGCUCAACUCAAAUGGCAUUUGCAGUCCUUCAUUCAGCAAAUUAGGUAGGCCACCUUACAACUCAAGUAGGCUUAAGUGUUUUUCCGUUAAGACGAGAAGACAGGUUUAAACAUUUCAAUUAGUUGUCCGGUGUGCUACUGGCUCGAGUAUGCUAGCUAGCGAGUGUGUUUACAGUUGAAUUAAUUUGUCACGAGAAAAAGGCUUGUGGAAAAAUUAACUCCCUUGCAUAGUUUUACCAUUUUUACCACGGCUAUACAUGCAUGGCACUUGUGCAUGAAGAUCAGAUUAUUAUGUUUGAGACAUUAUCAGCUUUAAUUACUUAAAUUUAAUUUCAGUUAUGACUUGCAUGGUUUGCAUGAAUCCAAUUGCAUUAAUUAAAGCUCUUUAAAUGUAGAUUAGGAAUGUAGGUCAUAACUGCUGGAAGCAGAUCCAGAACAGGAACAGAAGCUUUUAAAUCCAGUUUUAGACCACAUAGACUGGUACACAUUGUAUCCUGGAUAAUGACAAAGUUUUUUGGUUGCGUACACAGAUUUGCAGAUGUUAUCGCAGGUGCAGAGAAAUGCUUGUGUUUCUAUCUCCUACAGAGCAGUAAUACCUAGCAAUACAAAAACAACAACGAUACACACAUAAAAAAAGUAUCAGAAGGAGGGAGCCAUGUCAGAGAUCCUAAUAUAGAUACAGAUCUGGAAAAACAUUAAGAGACCACUGCAAAAUGAUCCGUUUCUCUGGGAAACCAUUAAGAGACCACUGCAAAAUGAUCCGUUUCUCUGGAAAAACAUUAAGAGACCACUGCAAAAUGAUCCGUUUCUCUGGAAAAACAUUAAGAGACCACUGCAAAAUGAUUGGUUUCUCUGGAAAAACAUUGAGACCACUGCAAAAUGAUCCGUUUCUCUGGAAAAACAUUAAGAGACCACUGCAAAAUGAUCAGUUUCUCUGGAAAAACAUUAAGAGACCACUGCAAAAUGAUCCGUUUCUCUGGAAAAACAUUAAGAGACCACUGCAAAAUGAUCGGUUUCUCUGGAAAAACAUUAAGAGACCACUGCAAAAUGAUCCGUUUCUCUGGAAAAACAUUGAGACCACUGCAAAAUGAUCAGUUUCUCUGGAAAAACAUUGAGAGACCACUGCAAAAUGAUCGGUUUCUCUGGGAAAAACAUUAAGAGACCACUGCAAAAUGAUCCGUUUCUCUGGGAAAAACAUUAAGAGACCACUGCAAAAUGAUCCGUUUCUCUGGGAAAAACAUUAAGAGACCACUGCAAAAUGAUCGGUUUCUCUGGAAAAACAUUAAGAGACCACUGCAAAAUGAUCGGUUUCUCUGGAAAACCAUUAAGAGACCACUGCAAAAUGAUCAGUUUCUCUGGGAAAAACAUUAAGAGACCACUGCAAAAUGAUCGGUUUCUCUGGAAAAAACAAUCCUCAGAGUUGGGGAACAUUGUCAGAACAGAAGGAAGCUAGAUUUCUUCCAGGACAACCUUGUACGUGGCUUGACUCAUGUGUCCUUCACAAAGACAAAUCUGUCCGAUUCCAGUCUUGCUGAAGCACCCACAGGUCACCACCGAUCCUCCACCAAAUUUGACAGUGGGUGCGAGACACUCUGGCUUGUAGGCCUCUCCAGGUCUCGCACCCACUGUGACAUUUGGUGGAGGAUCCAGCAGGAUAAUGCUCCAUGCCACACAGCCAGGUCAAUCAAGGUGUGGAUGGAGAACACCAGAUCAAGACCCUGUCAUGGCCAGCCCAGUCUCCAGACCUGAACCCCAUGCCAAGGUGCUUGAAAGCUGUGAUUGAAAAUCAGGGUUAUUCCACCAAAUAUUGAUUUCUGAACUCUUUCUAAGUUAAAACAUUAGUAUUGUGUUGUUUAAAAAUGAAUAUGAACUUAUUUUCUUUGCAUUAUUCAAGGUCUGACAACACUGCAUCUUUUUUGUUAUUUUGACCAGUUGUCAUUUUCUGCAAAUAAAUGACCUAAAUGACAAUAUUUUUAUUUGGAAUUUGGGAGAAAUGCUGUCAGUAGUUUAUAGAAUUAAACAAAAAUGUUCAUAUUACCCAAACAGACCUAUAAAUAGUAAAACCAGAUAAACUGAUCAUUUUGCAGUGGUCUCUUAGGAACACACACUGUCCUUGUCAGCAUCAGGGGGCCCCGCGUCGGUGGCUCAAUGUUGUUUUCCUCGAAGUGGGCAAGGGAACGCAACGUGGCUGCCUUUUCCUUUAGAAUCCGUGAUUGACAGGAGUCCAUGCCACAUACGUCUCGUGUCUGAGCUGUUGAAUUGCAACCACUUUGUCCCUGUACUGUCGUUUUGCCUCUUUGGUUGCCUUAUGGAGCUCGUAGUUAGUCUUUUUGUACACGUCCAUGUUCCCAGUCGCCCUGCCAUGGUUAAAGGUCAUGAACUGUCAAAAUCGUGUUUUUCAUGAAGUUUGAUGAUAUUUGGAUGAAACCAGAUCAAAUAAAGUAUGAUGACCAAAGUAUGAAAAAUGACUAUUGCUUCCUCAUUGAUAAAGUUUGAUCAUAAAGUUACUGGUCCCCUCCCCCAUGUCAAACACUUGGAUUCAGGAGGCUGGAUUAUUAAGGGGAUAGGGUGACAUCACCCUAACUCUCAUUUUAAUACACCAAUAGUGACAUGAUAUUCCCUUACCUAAUUUAAAUAAGUACCGCCUUGUAACCAACAUCAGAGAAGGCGUGUUUGCGGAGGGUCUGGGUUUAUAUAGCUAGAUAGCUACUCUACUGGUGCCAAAAUUUCACUGUAGGGUGUCAACAAAUAUCAUUUUAAUUUUACACUAUUCAUCCAUGGCAAAGAUACUGUAAUUAUAUGUCUCGCCUUUCAUCUGUGUUUGGUGUUAGUUACUGGCUAGAUAGGUCUUCAGUCAGCAUGGAACAAAAGGGGGAAAGAUUCGUUCAAAACUCUGACGCUGUUUUCAUAUCAACACAUCCGUCAGUGCUGCUGUGAACUGCAUCACAAGACAAAUGCCAAACGAUUAUGGGUGAUAUUUUAGUCAGUCAAAAGGCUUAUUUUACAUGGGAAUCAGAAUGACUGUUCGGAACCUUUAAAUGUGGCGGUUCGCACUUUCAGUUUUGGGUGAAAGCUGCCAUCUAUCCACAGUUUUUGGUUUGGAUAAGUUCUAAUCGUCACAGUGAGAGCUACAUCCUCUACAUUCUGAUGAACCCCGUCACUGAGUCUGUAUACGACGAUACUAUUCUCAGAGGCGACCCGGAACAUUUCCCAGUCCACGUGAUCAAAACGAUUUUGAAGCAUAGAUUCCGAUUGUUCGGACCAACGUUGAACAGUCCUUACCACGGGUGCUUCCUUUUUACGUUUCUGCCUACAGGUGGGGGGAGCAGAAUGGAGGUGUGAUCUGAUUUUCCGAAGGGAGGGUGGGGGAGGGGUCUUUCCCACGAUUCUCGCCAAACUCAAAUUUCCUUCAUGAAAAUGUUGAACAGAUUUAGCAGUACUCACAAAGUCCAAUUUGAGAGGAGACUGUUUUUUAUUCAAGUCAGAGUGAAAGCCAUAAGUCAUUCAUCAAUAAAAAAUUAAAAUGAAUUUAA